AUUUAUUUUUAUAUAUUUUAUUUGUAUUUAUUUAUUCCCUGCAUGCUUUAAUUUAUGUUUCACAUCGUCUCUCCUCAUAAGGAGUGCCAGUGCAUGUAAGGGUUAAUUGUGUGAGAUCUAAAUUAAUUGUUCUGCAGCGGCACACUGACUUUUGACUGACCUCUGACAUAUGUGUCGCCCACCGUUGCUCGCGCGCUCCGGAGUUCUUUUGCACGCGCAGCUGUCAUGACGGGAAGAUGAUGAGCGACAACGUGAUCGCGGAGGGAGCAGUUAAAAUCAGAGACGGCAAAAAAUGGAGGAGCCGCUGGCUGCGUGCGCGCAAACCCUCGCCGGUCGCAGAUUGUCUGGUGCUGUACAUGUAUAAGGAGCGCGGUGUGAAGGAGAGGAGUGUGACGCUGGAGCACAUCUGCGGUCUGGAGGCGUGUGUCGGCGGCGACGGCGUUCCCUUCAUCCUCUCCAUCCUGUGUCUCAGUCAGACCACCGUGCUCGGCUUCGACAGCAGGGAGGUGCUGCAGAGCUGGGACCUGCGGCUGCGCUACUGCCUCGGAGAAGUCCACAGUUUCAGUGUAUCCGUGCUGCCCGGCACUAAACUGGAAAGCGGCCCGGCGACUCUGCAUUUGUGCAACAAUGUCCUGGUCAUCGCUAAAGACCUGCCGGCCGUCAUCAUCGGUCACUGGAAUCUGCUGGACCUGCGGCGAUACGGGCCGGUCAGCAACGGGUUCGUGUUUGAGGGAGGAACACGCUGUGGUUAUUGGGCCGGCGUGUUCUUCUUGUCCUGUGCCGAGGCCGAGCAGAUCAGUUUUCUCUUCGACUGUAUUGUUCGUGGAAUUUCCCCGUCCAGAGGCCCGUUUGGACUGAAGCCACUGCUGCCAGAGCCCAGCAUCAGUGCAGCUUCAGCGCAGGACAGACUGAAGCAUGAGGCGGAGGAGCUGGAGCGGAGGCUCAGUCUGCUGUCCCACAGCACAGCUUCCAGCUCGCGCUUCAGCUCUUCGUUGGCGGGCGACGACCGCAGCAUAUCUGGUUCCUCUGACACCUCGGACACAAGCCAAUCAGAUUGCAGCAUUAGCGGUCGCCCGGCGCCGUGGAACGAUCCAAUUCUGCCCGGCUCUGCCGAAACAUCUCACCCACAAAUACCGAGGAUGGGAUCUCAGGUGGAGGAGAAGCUCCAGGUCCAGACAGAUCCCAUUCGCUCACGGAAGCUGAAAGAGUCCGGUCGACAGAACUCGUCCGACAGCGGCAUCGCGACCGGCAGCCACUCGUCCUGUACGGGAAGCUUCUCGUCCUACAGCCGGAGUCUGGAUGCUGCCGGUCCGGGAGAGGAAUACAGGGAACUGUUUAACCUGCCAGAGAAACACCUGUGCACAUGCUCAACCUGUCCCGUCCACGAAUACCAGGUUCCCUCGUCCCUGCGGUUCCUGUACGACUCUCCCCGCAGCCUGCUGGAGGUCAGCAGACACAGCAGCUCACCUCAAGAUGAGACCGGACUUAUAGAGCCCUGUUCGGAAUCUUCCAGCCAAUCAGAUUCAGAGCUUCAUAAAGGGGAGGAGUCACAGAUGAGGGAGUGUCAGGGAUUUUCCUGUAGUAAAAGCUGCUGUGAUUGGACGAUCUGUUCAGUUCCUCCUGCUGGGAUGAAAUCACUCUUCACCACUUGCCCCGUCUGCGGAGGACUCAAGGGCACAUUUCCACCUCAUCCUGGAGGGACUUCACUGCCCGCUGUGCCAGUGCCAGGUGGACAUUCAGCCACGCCCACUGCUGAUGUCACUGAACCACCCACCAAUCAGGAGCCAGUGGAGAUCAGACACUCGUCUUUGACCAAUCAGGAUCCAUGGAGGCCCUUAUCUGAACGCUCACAGCCCAAUGAGGUCUACGACUCCAGUCUGUCUGAUCUCCCGUCACACUACAGUCCUGCUGCGAGAGCGGACAGAAGCAGCAUCUACGAGGCCAUGGCAGCGUCCAGACACACCGUCCUGUACGAGAACUGCGUCCAGUGCAGGAGAGGAGAGGACAGCUGCCAGCUCCUCAGACCUGCUCCUCCAUCCAGAGACGUGUUUGUCCAGGAACUGAGGAGAAACAUCCCAGAGUCCUCCUGCUCCUCCGCAGUCUCUCUGCAACGAAUACCUGAAGAAGAUAACAGAGAGAGAAUAUGUGCAGAGAAAGGAAGAAUGGAUCCUGCCUAUGAGAUCAUGGACAGCCGAUCAUCAGACAGGAGCCCAGAGGAGGAGCGCAGCAGGUACGAGCUCAUGAAGAUUUCUCCUCAUCUGACUGAAGGUGAUCUCAGAUCUGAGUGCUUCUGUGAUUUCUCUGUGCCGUUUGAUGUGUGUGUGUGUGUGUGUGUGUGUAUGUGUGAUGUGUGUGUGUUUUCUCUGACCGGUUCAGUGCUGACAGACAGACUCAGAGGAGACACGGUGACAUACGUGAAUAUUCCCACCAGCCCCACGUCCAAAAAACAGCUGCAUUACAUGGAACUGGAGCUGCAGGAGUCCAGCGCCGCCGUCAGAGGUAAAAGCUCCAGUAAAUACGCUCAGAUUGACAUCACAGCGACGGAGGCGGCUCACAGAGCGGGUUCCCAGCAUGCACUGGGGAGAGAGGAAGGCCUACAGAGACUGGAGCAGCAGAGGAGACGACGAGGACUUCCUCACACUGAAGAUCGACUCUUCUCUUGACAAACUGACCAAAACACUUGCAUCAGUCGAGACAGUAAAACACAGAAUGUAGUGUAGUGUCUAGUAUAGUGUAGUAGUAUGUAGUGUAGUACAGUGUCAUCAUGUGGAUUCACUGUGUAGUGGAUGGUGAAUGAGUGCACGUGUCGAACACAGCAUAUACACAAACGUUUGAAAUACAGGAAUAUAUAUUCAUGUCACAUGCUUAGACCAACCUGUAAAACACACAUUCAGUCUACAGUGAGCCGCCGCUAUGUGAAUCUGUUUCUGUAUUCUCAUGUUAGAUAAAUAUGUGCAAUGCACAGAAAUGCAUUUUUAAUUUAUUUUAAUUUAUUUCAUUUUAAAACGCUGAAUAUUAGUUGUAUUGCUUUCGAGUUGCAUCUGUAUUAAAUAGACUGCAUUUGUGUAGCAUCUUUAGUCUUUUUAUUAACCUAAAUUCAAGUGUACUGAGUCAUUUUUACAUUAAACUACUUAUUUUGUAUUUUGUACAUUACAGGGCUGUAUUUUCUCUUUUUCUUUUCAGCACUGAAGGAAGUGAACACCAUGUGUGUCUUUGUUUGUAUUGGAAAUUGAAAUCAGAUUGAACUGCGAUAUGUUAACAUAUACCGAUGCUGCUAGAUAUAGAUAUUAUAUGUAGAUAUAUUAAAACAUAAUUACUUAAAAUGUACUUUAAAGCCUAACCUUUAAUUUGACAUUAUUACAAAGAUAAUUUUCUUUAAAGUGUACUUAAAUAUGUUUAGAAACAUAGUCACUUAAGCUGAACUAUAUCUGACCCACACAAAACUCAUAAUAAAAUACAAUAUAUAUGACCCUGGACCA